AUGGACUUUAAGAAGGUCAUUUAUCAAAUGCUGCUGUUGUUAUUCACCAUACAAAUUUCUACCACGUUUGGUAACUAUGAGGAAGAUUUUUUUAAAUUAACACCAACCAGCGAUAGCCCGGGUUUGCAGUAUGAACUCAUAGGUAAUGGUAGAGCUUGCGGAAGUAGUUGGACAAUAAAUACAUAUAUGGAUUUAAAAUUUUUAAAUAACAGUCUUAAAAAUAUUAGGGAAAUGUUAAAAUCAAUUGAACUAAUUGAGUUCAAAGAUAUAUAUAUAACUUUGUAUCAGUUAAAAAAACACGCGAAUAGAUUGGAAAACGAGAUAGGUUUAAUUGUACAAAUGGGUAGACAUAACAAAAAAGUUAAGCGAUCUAUUGAGUUUGGGGGUACGGUAUUCAAAUGGAUGUAUGGAAUAGCUGAUGCUGACGAUGUACGAAGAUAUGAUAGUUCGAUCGAUAAAUUAGAAAACAAUGAGAAAAAUGUAAUGCGUAUUGUUCAUGAUCAGAUAUCUAUAUUAAAAAGCACAAUAAUUAAUUUUAACGAUUCUGUUACAUCAUUUAAUGAAAAUAAGAAAAUUUUUGAUUCAAAUAUGAAAGCAGGCGAGAAAAAAGUGAACGAAAUGAUCAUUGAGAUAGCUAAGGAAGACAGAAAAAUUAUUACUCUGAGUUCGAUAACUCUUUUAGAAAACUCUAUAUUUGAAUUGGACAUGUUUAUAAGUAGGUUGCAAAGAGUAAUUUCUAACGUACAGAACAAUAUAGUAGAUGCGUUUAUAAUAACACCCGACCAAUUGCUAUCAGAAAUAAAAAAUAUUCAGACUAUUCUUCCGGAUGAUUUGAAAAUCCCUGUUAAAUUUGAUGAGGAUAAUAUUCAAGAAAUAUUCAAAAUAUUAAGUAUUGAAAUGCACACAGUAAAUGACAGAUUUAUUUUUUCUUUAAAAUUUCCUCUUUGCCUUAUAGAAAAUUUCAACGUUUAUUACAUUUUACCGAUUUACAUUCCAAUAAAUGAACAUGGCCAAUUUCUCCAUAUGACUAAAAAUUCUAUGUAUUUGUUAAUGGACAAAAUAAUGACCAAAUAUUUUAUUUGGCCAGAUUUAAAUAACUGUAAAGUAGUGGAUAAAAUAUUUGUUUGUGGAUUUAAUGAAAUUAUACAUAAUAAUUGUGACACGGACCCCACAUGUGUAACAGAAUUACUAAAAAAUUCUGUAACUAAACCACCUCAAUGUGAUACUUAUAUCUCUGAAUUCAAAACAGAAAUGUGGCCUAUCCCAAACCGAUUCACUACGAUGAAAUAA